AUGGGGAUGCUAUGGAAGAUCGGGAAGAAGUCCUGGGCAAUUGGGGUUGCCGCCUCCCUAGUGCCGCUAAUGGUAGGCGGCGCGGCCCUCUUUGCCCUUGCCGACUUCCGCAGGCCCGAUACUAAGGAGAUCAUGCUCCUGACUGCGAUCCAGUCCAUUACCGUCUUCCCUGUGGUCUCAUGCCUCCUCAACGACCUCAAGAUCCAGAACUCUGAGCUGGGCCGCCUGGCGUUGUCCUCAUCCCUUGUGAGCAACCUCCUCGGCCUAGUGCUCCUGUUCUUUCCAUCGCUCACGAGGAUGAAAAAGGAGGACGCUUUCAAGAACGUGGCCAUGGCCGCGGGUUUCCUCUUGGUGAUCAUCUUUGUAGUGCGGCCCGCAAUGCUCUGGAUUAUCCGGCAGAACCCCGAGGGCAGGCCCAUGAGAGAUGGCUACCUCCGCGCGAUCCUGGCCAUGCUCCUUCUGUCCUCGCUAGCGUCCAGGUACUUUGGCCAGUCGGUUCUGUUCGGGUCCAUCUGUUUCGGGCUGGUGGUGCCCGACGGUCCCCCGCUGGGGUCCGCGAUAGUGAACAAGCUGGACUGCUUCUUCGUUGGCCUCAUUCUCCCGAUCUACGUGACGGUCACAGCCGCAAAGGUGGACCUGACAGCACUGACGGGCUCUUUCCAAGAUAUGAAGCUCGAGCUGAUCCUUGUCUCCCUCGUGUUCGUGUCCAAGUUCGCGGCAUGCCUCGUGCCCCCGCUAAUCUGUGAGAUGCCCGUCAAAGACUCGUUGGCCCUCGCCCUGAUCCUGUGCUGCAAGGGGGUCGUCGAGCUAGGCAUAUAUCGGUUCCUCCACGAGAUGGAGGUCCUCAAUGAGGGCCGGAUGGGGCUCGCCCUGAUGGCCGUGCUCGCUUUGGCGAGCCUCAUGCCAAUCUUGGUUAAGCUUCUAUUCAACCACUCUAGGAAGUAUGCGGGCUACCAGAAGCGCAAUGUCGUUCACCUGAAGCCCGAUUCGGAGCUCCCAGUCCUGGCCUGCAUCCACCGGGCUGAUCAGAUCAACCCCAUCCUAGACCUUGUCGAUGCCUUUUACCCGACCCCGGAGGGGCCUGUUGGGGUCUACGCGCUCCACCUGAUCAAGCUGGUGGGACGGGCCAUGCCCGUCUUUAUCACCCAUCAGCUCCAAAAGACGGUGGCUGACGGCACGUCCUACUCAGACCAAGUCAUCCUUGCCUUCGCCCACUAUGCACGUAGCAACCCCGGGGCGGUCCGGGCCAGCAUCUUCACCGCAGUGUCGCCUCCGAAGCUCAUGUACGAGGACAUAUGCCAAACCGCCCUGGACAACCUCACCAUACUCAUCCUCCUCCCCUUCCACAAGAGGUGGUCAUCCAUCGAUGGCUCUGUCGUGUCUGAGGACAACCACAUCCGCAGCCUCAACUGCAGCGUCCUCCAGUGGGCGCCUUGCUCCGUGGGCAUACUCAUUGAUCGUGGGGGACGUCCGAAUGCUGCUGCCAGCACUGCCACGGACGAGCCGUUCCAUGUGGGGGUGUUCUUCCUAGGUGGGAAUGAUGACCGGGAGGCCCUGGCCAUCGCCAGGAGGAUGGCCAGGGACCCUGAGCUCUGCCUGUCGGUAGUGCAUCUGGGUGUUGACGACGAAGAGGGGUGCGUCGUCAGCUGGGACAAGAUGAUCGAUGGGGAGGCGCUGAAGGUCUUCAAGGAAGGCCUUUUGGGGAAGAACGUCGAGUACUGGAAGGAGAUUGUGGAGGACGGCCCGACAACGGCGAGGCUGGUCAGGUCCAUGGUACAACAGUUCGAUCUGGUCAUCGUCGGGCGGCGACACGAGCUCGAAUGCCCCCAGACCGCAGGCCUCUUGGCAUGGACCGAGCUCCCAGAGCUCGGGAUUUUAGGGGACCUGCUGGCCUCCAACGAUCUUGACACUAGUUCUUCCGUUCUGGUAGUGCAGCAACAGCAAAGGCAUUAA